AUAAUAAGCGAGUUAUUAUUUACCAAUUUUUACUAUAAACCGACUUUCUACCAAUCAAAACUCAUUUCAAUUGCUUCAAAAAAAAAAAUAAACUCGUUUCAAUUUCACAAGUUGAUAAAAAUCCAAUUCAACUCCAAAAAACAUCACCACCAAUCCACCAUUUAUUAUUGUCAACCAAACAAUGAACCAAAAAAAUAAAUAAAUGACAUUUACCUCACACAAAUAUCCCAAAAAAGUUACUCAAAAUAGUAUUAUGUGGUAUCUAGUGGAUGUUAAACUACUCAUAAAAAGCACUAGUACUAGUACUAGGAGUGCUUUAUCCACCCUAAUCAAUGCAAAAAGAAAAAAAAAGAAAAAAAAAAAGAAGGUGUUUCUGUUCUCUUGGAACUUCCAACACCCAAUCCCGCUUUUUCUUUAAUAUUUACACUUUCCCCAAUUUUUGUUUUUCCCAAAUUUUUCUUUGUAUUUUAUCUCACCAAACUUCACAAUACCCACUUCCUCUUCUUCUUCUUCUUUCUCUGAUCUAGGGCUUUUACAAACCCUAAUCGCCGAUUUCUUCAAAAUUUCCCCUUUUCCCGCCAUUUUUGCUCGUACCCCUUCACUGCUUUCUCCCUCAACGUGAAAAUGGCGGAAGUGGAAGUUGAGAAGAAAUGUGAGGAGGAGAAGGUGAAAGGAGGAGAGUUGCUGUUUUGUGGUUCUACUAAUUGGGAUACUGUUGGUAGGAAGAAAACUGGGAUUGAAGGUAAUUUGUAUUCACCUACUCGGCUUCGUCCCCUUGUCGGUAUCGACAUUCGCUUUGUCGCCUCCGGUUGCGUUUCAUGUCAUUGCGUGGCAUUGGAUGUCGAUGGUCGGUGCUAUACAUGGGGGAGAAAUGAGAGGGGACAGUUGGGACAUGGUGAUACUCUGCAACGGGAUAGGCCCACAGUUAUAUCUGAGCUCUCAAAGCAUAGAAUAGUGAAAGCAGAUGCCGGGCGGUCACAUACAGUGGUCAUGGCCGAUGAUGGACAGUCCUUUGCCUUUGGUUGGAACAAGCAUGGACAGCUGGGAACUGGUUCACUUCGAAAUGAAAUAGAGUCUUCUCCUAUACGCUGUCAAGUAUCUGAAGUCAAGGCAGUUGCUUGUGGCGGGGAAUUCACUGCAUGGUUAUCUUCUACUGAAGGAGCUACUAUACUAACGGCUGGUCUUCCCCAAUAUGGUCAACUUGGUCAUGGAACUGACAAUGAGUACAAUACAAAGGAUAGUUCUGUAAGACUUGCUUAUGAAGCUCAACCGCGGCCAAAAGCAAUAGCUUCCUUCUCUGGAGAAACAAUUGUUAAAGUUGCAUGUGGAACGAAUCAUUCUGUGGCUGUGGAUUCCAAUGGCUAUGUAUACACCUGGGGCUAUGGUGGUUAUGGAAGAUUGGGACACCGGGAACAGAAGGAUGAGUGGUCUCCACGACGUUUAGAUGUGUUUACGAGGCAUAAUGUUCUACCUUCUGAUGCAAUAGUUUCAGCUGGUGGUGUCAGUUCGGCAUGUACUGCUGCUGGUGGUCAAUUAUACAUGUGGGGAAAAAUGAAGAAUACAGGUGAUGAUUGGAUGUAUCCAAAGCCAGUCAUGGAUCUAAGUGGCUGGAAUAUGCGAUGUAUGAAUUCUGGUCAAAUGUUCCAUUAUGUUGGUGCCGAUUCGUCAUGUAUUAGUUGGGGUCAUGCACAAAAUGGAGAAUUGGGUUAUGGACCCAACGGGCAGAAAUCUUCAGCUAAUCCCAAGAAGGUGGAAAUCCUUGAGGGCAUGCAUGUUAUCAGUGUUGCAUGUGGAUUCGCACAUGCCAUGGUGGUGGUUGAUCGAACAGAUGUUCUUGAUCGUCUUGAACAGCUUGAUGUUCAUGAUGGAAAAGCAUCUGGAGAAGUUGCUGAGGUCGAAACACCUGUGACCUCUGCCAAGAAAACUACCAAGAAAAGCCCUGCUGACAAUUCCAAGAAGAGAAAGAAGUCAAAGGACUUGUCUGAGUCUGAAGAGGAGGAAGACCAAGAUAGUGACAAUGGCAGUGAUGAUGAAAGUGAAGAAGAAAUGGAAAAUGGACACGUGAGGCAACGGGGUGGGAAAGCUGGGGGUAGAGGCCGUGGUAGGCCUAGCACGAAAAGUCCAGUUGAGACUAAAAGCAUAGGCAGAGGCCGUGGUCGCCCUAAAGGGUCAAGAGGGAAGGCUCGCAAGUGAAGUUGAAGUGAGGUGUUGAGUUUUAAUUUCCCGCCUAAAUGAGCGGAAAUUUUGUCUAAAUGUGUAGAGGUGUACUACUUAGGCCUUUGGACCUGUUGACUAUUCAUUUUUCCCAUUCAAAACAAGAAGGAAAAGUGAGGAAGAGGAAGGCUAGGUUCUUACUUAGUGAGAGUUUAAUUGUUUAGUGCUAACAUUAUGUCACGAGAAAUGAUGCUUUGUGAGGAUUUGGUUUGUACUUUUAUAAUUUAAAGGAAAUUUGAUCUCUUUUA